AUGAAUCAGGAUAAUCAAUUAGAAGAAGUUAAAGAUAGAGGAAGUGUAGAGGAGGAAUGGGAGCCGGAGCUUGGGAUGGUUUUUGAUUCACUUUAUAAUCUUCUCCAAUACUACAGAAGCUAUGGGAAUAGAAUGGGGUUUGAAGUUAUUAUAAGAUCCUCAAGGAAAGGAGAUGAUGGAGAGGUGACAAACGCGACACUAGCUUGUUCUUGUACUAGAAAGUCGAGUAGUAACACCCGAAAUGCUUUUAAAUUGUACCCAGUGACAAAGACAGAUUGUAAGGCUCGAGUUGGUGCAAUUGUACGUGGUAAAGAAAAAUGGAAAAUAUGUUCAGUGGGGUUGAAUCAUAACCAUGAGCUUAGUAGCCCAACGAAAACUAGAUAUUUCAAGAGUAAUCGUGGUAUACAACCAUACAUGAAAAGGAGACUUGAAAUAAAUGAUAGGGCUGAGAUUAAGCCGAAUAAAAAUUUCAAUUCCAUGUUAGUUGAAGCAGGCGGUCCUGAGAAUUUGACUUUCUUGCAAAAAGAUUGUAGAAACUAUAUUAAAAAAGUUAGGAGGAUGCGACUUGGUGCCGGGGACGCUUAUGCAAUCCAAAAAUAUUUUUUGAAGAUGCAAAAAGAUAAUGCAAAUUUCUUUUACAUGAUGGAUUUAGAUGAGGAGGGUCGAUUACAGAAUGUUAUAUGGGUGGAUGCAAGAAGUAGGGCUGUAUUUAAGGAAUUUGCUGACGUUGUCACAUUUGACCCUACAUACUUGACCAACAAGUAUGAUAUGCCAUUUGCGGCGUUUGUUGGUGUUGACCAUCAUGGACAUUCAACACUCUUAGGUUGUGGGUUAAUCUCCCAUGAGGACACGGAGACUUUUGUUUGGCUUUUUGAAUCUUGGCUUGCAUGUUAUCCAAUGGAGAAACAAUUUCAGGAGACAUACACGACUGCAAAAUUCAAAAAGUUUCAGCAAGAGCUUACUGCUAAGUUGCAUUCCUCAACCAAUAUUGAUGAUAGUUAUAUGGUGAUGCAUAUGAUUAUUGACAUGAAGAAGAAAUUAUUGUCAAACGAAUGUGCUGGCGGGAUUGAUAGACAUGGUGACAUGUCAUGUCACAGUGGAUCAAAUUUUGAUAGUGUUCAUGCUAAUUCCACAAAGGGUGUUGGGGGUGUUAGGUUGGUGAAAUCUGGGUUAGGCAAGGCCAAGAAAGGUGGCUGGGGCGCAGGGAGGGUAGAGUGGCUUAGGUACAAUGGGAGGCAACUGUGGUGGCGGGUGAUGGCUGGGAAGAGACUACAGUAA